CUCACCUUGGUUGCUUAGUUACUGCGUCCCGGAGUGCUGCAGGUAGAAAGGCUUUAGCUCAACUCCAAGACACCCCCUCGUCCCCACCCCGCGACUUCCAUCCCCACUCUACGCCUCAAGACUGAUUCUAAGGUUCAUUCGCGAACAUGGUGACUGUAUUUUCAUGACAUUAUAAAUAUACCAUGGGAGAUAACAAAACUAACUCAAGAAGAAUGGAAGGAGUCAUGCUGGAAGCCUCAAACCUUCCUCUAGAAGUUGGGCAUUCUGAGAUAAUGGUUUCAGUAACUGGUGAACCACCUACUGCUACAGAGGAAGAAGGAAUAGAUAUGGAUACAAGUGUAGAAAUCAUCCCAGAAAUCAUAGAGCCACUCUCCCUCCCAGAUGUGUUGAGGGUCUCUGCAGUUCUGGAAGAUACAAUAGACCAGCUCUCUAUUCUAAACUAUGUCAUGCCAAUUCAGUAUGAAGGAAGACUAAGCGUGAAAAGCAAAGAAAUGAAUGUAGAGGGUAAAAGCCUAGACAAACCUCCAGUACAUGCAACAAUUUCAAAAAUACCUAAAGAAGGAAGCAAGUUGCCAAUAACCAGACAAGGAGGCCAAACUGCUCUGGAGUUUAACAAAGUGCAGGAUCUUGUCUUCAAACAACACUCAAGGCAGAGCAUAAUAACAACAGAGACAUUGAAGAAAAUUCAAAUGGACAGGCAAUUUUUCAGUGAUGUGAUUGCAGAUACCAUUAAGGAGUUUAAUGAUUCAGGCACUUUCACUAAUCUCCUGGCAGCUUUAAACAAAGAGAGGGAAAACAAAAUGCAUUUCUAUGAUAUCAUUAUCAGGGAGGAAGAAGGAAGAAAAAAGAUAAAAUCUCUUCAAAAACAGCUAGUUAAUGUUAAAAAAGAACGGCAAUUUGAAGUACAGAAUCGGAAUGAAUAUAUUGCUCACCUCAAGGAUCAAUUGCAAGAAAUGAAGGCAAAAACCAACUUGGAAAAUCAGUAUAUGAAAAAAAACACUGAGCUGCAGAUUGCCCAGACCCAGAAAAAAUGCAACAAAACAGAGGAACUCUUGCUGGAGGAGAUUGAGAAACUGCGGAUGAAAACUGAAGAAGAGAACCGGAUUCAUGGGGAGAUUGAAGUAUUCCUUAAAAAGGAGCAGCAGAAACUUGAGGAGAAGCUAGAAUUCUGGAUGGAGAAAUUUGAUAAGGACACAGAAAUGAAACAGAAUGAACUAAAUGCUCUCAAAGCUGCAAAGGCCAGUGACUUAGCACACCUCCAAGACCUUGCAAAGAUGAUAAGGGAGUACGAACAGGUCAUCAUCGAAGAUCGUAUAGAAAAGGAGAAGAGCAGGAAGAAGAUAGAACAGGAUCUCUUGGAAUUAAGAAGCAUCAUAAAGCUCCAGGCCUGGUGGCGAGGCACUGUGGUACGGAGGGAAAUUGGUGGUUUCAAACUGCCAAGGGACAAAGAUGAUAACAAGGAUUCAAAAGGUAAAGGCAAAGACAAGGAUAAGCGGAGAAGCAAGAAGUGACCAAGUUAUCAUUUGUCCUUUCCUCUGGUGUUCUGAAGAUGGGAAUGACGACGUGGAGGCAGAAGCACCUUGUCCCGUUAUAGAUACCUCGCCUGCAGGCUGUUUCUUAAGUCGACAUUCACAGAUAAAGCCUGCUUAUUUCGCUUUGCCUGUUAUAUUCGUUUUUAAAUUGUGAAUUAGGACUACAAUGAUUUAGGGCUUCCUCUUCUUUUGGAUUCUGCUGGAAAGAAGUAUUUCUGGUAGCCUUGUCAAGAUUCUUCUUGCUCUUUCUCACCAGAAUAAGAGUUCAGGGGCUUGGUUACAGCAAUGCAUUAAAAUUUUCAGUAAUUCCUGUCAUGUCUCUGAUUCUGAUUUUAUCCGAUUUGUCAACCUCUUGUGAAAAAGUGAAGUUCAGUAAGAAUUAUAAGGUGAUGUUUAUCAAGUUGUCUAUCAUAAUACAUAGGCAGUAAAAUUUUAAUAAAUGUUAAUUCCUGCCUGCCAUGUAGAUUAUCACUUUAGUGUCUUGUUUUUCUUUUUUGUGACAGGGCAAUUUAGAAACAGGAUCUCUCUCUAUUGCCCAGGCUGGCCUUGAACUCAGCCUUAAGA